CCACCAUCUCCUCCACCACCACCACCAUCUCCUCCACCACCACCACCACCACCAUCUCCUCCACCACCACCACCACCACCAUCUCCUCCACCACCACCAUCUCCUCCACCACCACCAUCUCCUCCACCACCACCAUCUCCUCCACCACCACCACCACCACCAUCUCCUCCACCACCACCAUCUCCUCCACCACCACCAUCUCCUCCACCACCACCAUCUCCUCCACCACCACCAUCUCCUCCACCACCACCACCACCACCACCACCACCAUCUCCUCCACCACCACCAUCUCCUCCACCACCACCACCAUCUCCUCCACCACCACCACCACCACCAUCUCCUCCACCACCACCACCACCACCACCACCACCACCAUCUCCUCCACCACCUCCACCACCACCACCAUCUCCUCCACCACCACCAUCUCCUCCACCACCACCACCACCACCAUUUCCUCCACCAUCACCAUCUCCUCCACCACCACCACCAUCUCCUCCACCAUCACCAUCUCCUCCACCACCACCAUCUCCUCCACCACCACCACCACCACCAUCUCCUCCACCAUCACCAUCUCCUCCACCACCACCACCAUCUCCUCCACCACCACCAUCUCCUCCACCACCAUCUCCUCCACCACCACCACCACCACCAUCUCCUCCACCAUCACCAUCUCCUCCACCACCACCACCAUCUCCUCCACCACCACCACCACCACCAUCUCCUCCACCAUCACCAUCUCCUCCACCACCACCACCAUCUCCUCCACCAUCACCAUCUCCUCCACCACCACCAUCUCCUCCACCACCACCACCACCACUACCACCAUCUCCUCCACCAUCACCAUCUCCUCCACCACCACCACCAUCUCCUCCACCACCACCACCACCACCAUCUCCUCCACCAUCACCAUCUCCUCCACCACCACCACCAUCUCCUCCACCACCACCACCACCACCAUCUCCUCCACCAUCACCAUCUCCUCCACCACCACCACCAUCUCCUCCACCAUCACCAUCUCCUCCACCACCACCAUCUCCUCCACCAUCCCCAUCUCCUCCACCACCACCACCAUCUCCUCCACCACCACCACCACCACCACCACCACCACCACCACCACCAUCUCCUCCACCACCACCAUCUCCUCCACCACCACCACCACCACCACCAUCUCCUCCACCACCACCACCACCACCACCAUCUCCUCCACCACCACCACCUCCUCCACCACCACCAUCUCCUCCACCACCACCACCACCACCAUCUCCUCCACCACCACCAUCUCCUCCACCACCACCACCACCACCAUCUCCUCCACCACCACCACCACCACCAUCUCCUCCACCACCACCACCACCACCAUCUCCUCCACCACCACCACCACCACCAUCUCCUCCA